CGCAGGGCCGAGCUCCCCGCGCCCGUCCGCCCCCGCCCGCGGCUGCAGCUCGCGAGGCGCGGAGCCCGCGGGGCCGGAGGAGCAGAGCAGGCGCGGGAGGCGGACUCCGAGCCGCGCGCCCUCCGCGUUCGCGGCCCGUGCGGGCUGGAGCCGCCGGGGGACCAUGGUGUUGGACCAGGAGGACGUUCGUAGUUCCUUCAAUUCUGAGGCACAAAAGUAGGUGAGACGGCUUUUGUAUCUGCGAAGUGCUUCACUCCUGAAUGUAAUUCUAGCUGAGUGCAAUCUAGGUUAAGAGCCGGACAAGCGGGUAAUUAGAGCCGCUCGCUGCCCGAGGACCGGCCGCCCCGCCGAAGCGCGCCCGGAGUCGGCGCCCUUCUCCCGGCCGAGCCGAGCUGCGGCUGGACACGGAGCGCCCGAGAUGAUGGUGCUGGACAAGGAGGACGGCGUGCCGAUGCUGUCCGUCCAGCCCAAAGGGAAGCAGAAGGGCUGCGCCGGCUGCAACCGCAAGAUCAAGGACCGCUACCUGUUGAAGGCUCUGGACAAGUACUGGCACGAGGACUGCCUCAAGUGCGCCUGCUGCGACUGCCGCCUGGGCGAGGUGGGCUCCACCCUCUACACCAAGGCCAACCUCAUCCUGUGCCGCCGAGACUAUCUGAGGCUGUUCGGCACCACGGGAAACUGCGCUGCCUGCAGCAAGCUGAUCCCAGCCUUCGAGAUGGUAAUGCGGGCCCGGGACAAUGUGUAUCACCUCGACUGCUUCGCCUGCCAGCUCUGCAACCAGAGAUUUUGUGUGGGAGACAAAUUCUUCCUGAAGAACAACAUGAUCUUGUGUCAGAUGGACUAUGAGGAGGGGCAGCUCAAUGGCACCUUUGACUCGCAGGUUCAGUAAUGCCCGGCGCCUGGCCUCCGGCCCAUCUGUCCGUCUGCCCGCCUGCCCACCGCCCGGCCGGCCAACCGCUCUCCCGCCGAUUAGAACUCCUCCGUCCUCCACGGGAAGGACGGCCCUCCCUCCGCCGUUGCCCGUCUGUGUGUGACCCUCCUGGGGCCAGGCUGGGCCUGUACAGUCUGUCUUCUGUAUAUAAAUGGGAACAUUUAUUUUA